AUGGCGAGGACGAAGGUGGAUAGCUUGCGUAGUCUUCCAUCUAGGAAGCAUAGCUGCUCAGAGCUUCAGAACGGUAACAAGACUUUGUUGAAGGUCAAGGCUGAACAUCAGGAUCCUGAUGAGUUUGCAGCCAAAAUCAAGGAGUAUGAAGAACAGAUCGCAGAGCUGAAGAAACAGAAGGAUGCCCAGGCAACUGAAGAAGAGCUAGCAGUUGCGAAGGCAAAUGUGCCUCGGAAUAUGCCUAAGAGAUCCCCUCGUGCUCCAGCAGAGCCGCCUGCCCCUACCCAGCCACAGAAGCGCCUCCGUGGCAAGAAUGCGGAUGCCCCGUCAACGUCCACGUCACCUUCAGAGGUGGCACGUAUUAAGAAGUUGAUGGAGGAGAAUGUCCGCUUGGAAGCGCUGUUGAAGGAGAUCCAGGGGCAGAAGGACAACACUUCUCUUGCCACCCCGCCGACCCGCAGGGUCCCAGCUCCAUCCCCGGCAUCGACUGUCAAGCAGCCUCCUCGCCAAGCUGGUGUUGCCCAAAGCGAUGAGGAGGACGAUGAUGAGGAACCUCAGGCAGCAGAGGCUUCUGAAGAUGUCUCGGAAGGGGAUGGGGAACCAAGUGAAGCCGCAAAGAACAAUAGGUUAAGACGUUUGUGUGAGAAGAAACCUAGUGGCCGUUGCCAUGUGCCGGAUGACAUUCAUGAGCAGUGGGUGAAGGGGGGUGUGGAACGUCAAAGACUUCGUGACCAGUUGGAAGCGUGCAACUGGGAGAAGGAGACUUUUGUGAGCCAUGUCAUCCGGCAAAAGGAGAAGGUCACCAGGACCACCAAGCACAAGAGGUCUUACAUCAAUGAUGUGGUCAAAUUCUGCGAGAAGAAGGGCAACGAGAGCUUGAUCAAGAAGGACAAAUACAACCGCAACAUCAUGAAGUACCACGUUGAAGUUGACACAGACGACUCCGACGCGGAUGAGGACCUGGAGCGGGAAGUCAAGACUUCUUCUAAGGCUACCAAUGGAAAGGUGAAGUUCAGCAAGCUCGACACCAAGAGAGGGCCCUUGGUUCCAGCGGCUGGUGCAGCGGAGUCUGACUCAGAUUCCCCGAGGAAUGCAGAGAAAGCAACGGGUGCUCAGGAGUUCCAGAUGUUGAAGAAGUUUGGGGAUUCGUUGCUGACCCGGGCCAAUAAGUUGAAUGACAUCUCGGGCCAGUUGGAUGAAGCCAUGAAGAAUGAUGAAGCUAGCCCCCAUCGCGAUCGGGUGUCAAAGUUGCAGGGAACCAUCGAUGCUGCUGUCCAGAUACUGCAGGACCAGUUUGAGCUUGUCACAGAAACCUUGGCGGAGGUAGAAGGUCUCAAGAAUGGCAAGCUGGAUGAAUCUACUGCCAAGCCGUUGGUUGCCAAAGUGGAGUCGCAGCUGAAGUCCACCCAGAAGGCUUGCGCAAAGGUGUUCGCCAAAAUGCGCCGCCCGGGCGUCUCCUUGAACAUCUGGCUGGCUUUGCAGCGCGUGGUGUCCGGCUCCCAGCCAACUUCCUGUCCAGCUUGGGUGAAGUGCUGUGGAAUGAUCACAGGGGAACCGAUGUCCUAUGUGGUUGCUGCAGCAGCUGCGGAUGUAGCUGAGAACCCCAGAGCCUCUGAGGCUUUGAAAGAGUUUGGUGCCAUUAGACCUCGAGAUGCUGAAGUAAGAGCCCACCAAGUAUUGGAGAAGCAUGGCCUCACUUGUCCCAUUCAAAUUGAUAGGGUCGACUUGGGUGAAGCCAAAAGGUACAAACGCUUUCCAUACAUGAAAUUCUCGACAUGGGUGAAAUACCUUUUGGACACAGACCGUUUACCUCGACAACUGUGUGCCUGUGACAGCUUACAGAGUAUGGAGGUAAAGCUAGAGGAGUUCUGGAAACGCUAUGAAGCAAUUCAGCCUACCCACAAGAUUUUUCAGAUGAAGGAGUCUGGGGAAGUGGACCUACGAUAUGUCAUUCCUGUUUACAGCCAUACUGACGAAGGCAGGUCAUACAAAAAGGCCGCACUUUGGCUGCUGAGCACUCAUGGAGCUUUGGGGAGGGGAACGAGAGGUUUCCUCAAGAGGGGAAAAGACAAGUUGCCUCUGAAAAGAAAUGGCUUUGGUCUGAACUUCUGUGGCCACACAUGGUCAACUAAUUUUAUGUUUUCCUGCAUGCUGCGCAAGUUCUUCAAGAAGAAGCCCCAAGUAUUGGAUGACCUCAUUUCAGUUUAUGCACGAGACAUGGAAGACCUUUUGAUCAAUGGUGUGUGGAAUGCUGCUGGAACAGUUCACGUUCGUUGCUGCCACAUCGGUACUAAAGGUGACCUUCCAGCAUUGGCCAAAAUGGGUAACAUGCUGCACACUUUUGGGAAUGUCCCAAAAGCUGCCCAUUCCAGGAAACCCUGUGAAGGUGUCUGUUGGAUGUGCUGUGCAGGGCAGGAGCAGAAUGCUGCCAGAGGCCUGAACCCAGUCCCUUACGAAGACACAAGUGGGAAGCCGAUUUGGGAGGGUACCCUUGGACAACAACAGUCUUGGGAAGAAACGCCACCGCUUUUGCAGGGGGGCCCAGAAGAUUGCGAAGCUUUGGCUGCUGUUUUUGCAAAAAUAUUCCCUUGCAACAGCGUUGGUCUACAGGAGGGGAUUGAAUAG